AUCAGUCGCAGCCAUUUUACUCGGCGGAAUAAACUUCGGCGUUGGGAGAAAAUAAAGACGACGUUUCCGCAGGCUGCUGCCGUCGUCGUGUUGCGGGGAACCGGAGCGCGACUGGCUCGGGGUUUUCGGUCCGUGUGAUCGGGUAUCACUGAGUGACACUGGUCUACAUCCCUACUGGUUCCCUGGACACCUCUGACACCCUCCUUCCCCCACUCCCACCGCUCAGAGGCGGGAUGGAGGCCCAGGCUUCUCAGGGGCUGCUGGGAGCAGAGGGGGAUCGUGGGAUGUCGAGCCUGCUGGUACCCAGCCCACAGAGCGAGGCGAUGACCCAUGAGAUGGAGGAGCUGUCUCUGCAGCCCACGCAGAACCUGCCACCGCUCAACGAACGGAAGAACGUUUUACAGUUGAGGCUGCAGCAGAGACGUACCCGCGAACAGCUGGUGGAGCAGGGUAUCAUGCCACCUCUGAAGAGCCCCGCUGCUUUCCAUGGACAGAUCCGCAGCCUGGAGAGAGCCAGGACGGAGAACUUCCUGAAGCAUAAAAUCCGCAGUCGUCCAGAGAGGGCAGAGCUGGUUAGGAUGCACAUCCUCCAAGAGACGGGCGCAGAGCCCUCACUCCAAGCCACCCAGAUGAAGCUGAAGAGGGCCAGGCUGGCUGACAAUCUGAACGAGAAAAUCGCUCAGCGCCCCGGCCCCAUGGAGCUGGUGGAGAAGAACAUCCUGCCCGUGGACUCCAGCCUCAAAGAGGCCAUCAUCGAGGGUCAGGUGAAUUACCCCAAGGUGUUGGAUGAGGACAGCGGAGAUGCCUUCUCCCCUGAGCAACCGGCCAGCCAGGAGUCCCAGAACUCGGCUCCCUCACCGAGUGAGAGCAGGGUGCCAGAGACCCCCUCUCCAGCCCCGGCCACACUGCCACUACCCAAAACCAUGCAGCCCCUUCACCUAGUCACCCAGACAGCUGCAGACUUCAUGAAAGUGCUCUCCACCAAUGAGAAGCCAGCUUGCCGCCUGGCCGCCAUCCCUGUACAGCCCAUCACCGCAGUGGCUCCCUCAAAACCCGCCCCUACACUGGUGAAACAAAGCCAGCCAAAGCAGCCGUCAGAGAAAAGCCGCAGCAAGAAGGGCAAGGAGGCCAAGCCCAGGGUGAAAAAGCUCAAGUACCACCAGUACGUUCCCCCAGACCAGAAGCAGGAGGCCAGCGAAGCUCCCAUGGACUCCUCCUACGCUCGACUUCUGCAGCAACAGCAGCUGUUUCUGCAGCUGCAGAUCCUCAGCCAGCAACAGCAACACUACAACUACCAGACUAUCCUACCUGCACCACUAAAACCCGUGGCAGAGGGUCAAAGCAGUAGUGCCAGCAGCCUGCCAACUUCUAUUGUGGUAUCUCUGCCCACGGUGCCUCCUCCUCCCCCCCUCCCACAAGCUCCAACUCCAGCUCGACCCAACAACACCCUGUCCAGCCGCAAGCCAGGGGUCCUGCCUAUCAACUUGGAGGAGAUGAAGGUGGCUGAAUUAAAGAUGGAGCUUAAGCUUCGAGGCCUCCCCGUGUCAGGAACAAAAACCGAUCUGAUUGAGAGACUAAAGCCCUUCCAGGAACCCUCCGUCACCCCAGCUCCCACCUCCACCGCUGCACCUUCAUCCCUCGCAUCUGUCCCCAUGGAGGUCACCACCACUACCAACAACACCCCGACCAUACUCCUACCUGCCCAGCAGGGGACCCCAGAUAACAGGAGCUUCACUCCUCCAGUCUCGCCCAUGCCCGCAGAGUCCUCCAUCUACCAACAGGAUGUUGGCAUGUCUGAGGCUCCCCCCGACCCACAGGCGGUGAGCCCAGGCCGCGCAGGUGCUGUGUCCUCCCCCAUCAGUGUGGGACGAGUCCCAGAGGAAAAGGACAGGAGGCUCCAUGAGAAGGAGCGGCAGAUUGUGGAGCUAAUGAGGAAGCUGGAGCAGGAGCAGAGGCUGGUGGAAGAACUGAAGAUGCAGCUGGAGGUGGAGAAGAGAAGCCAAGGAGGGCCCGUUACUGACCAUGCCUCUGUGUCCUCCACCCUCACUUCUGCCUCAAACGCCAUGAACUCAAAUGUGGUCAAAAUGGAGGGCAGGCUCCUCUCAAACUGUUUAUCCACCAUCCCUUCUGUCCCAAACUCUGUGUUCGGCUCUCAGGCUGUCACCAACCAUCUACCGGCCAUGGUAAAGCUGGAGGAUGUGACAGUGUCUUCAGCUAAGCCACAGAGUCAGGUCCAGAUUCUUUCCCAGAUCCAGGCUCAGACCAAGUCCCAAGGAAACUCCAACCCACAUGUAGUCCCCCAGACCCAGCUACUAUCACAGUCCCAGAGGACUCUCAAACUCCAGGCCCAGACUCAGCAGGCAGCCCCUGGCUUGCAGCAGUUCUUCAUCAGCCACCAGGGCCGGGUGUCCCAGGUACUGGGCCAGCCGCAGACUCUACUGACCACUACUGGGCAGCCUGGAGCACAGAUCCUCGUCCCAGUAUCACUGCCCAGUAAUGCUACCACCAUCCAGCUGCCCACCUCAACUGUCAGCCUCCAGCCCAUGCUCCAGGCCGCCAUGCCCCAGCUGCACACCUCGAAGAUGGAAAGGGGCUCCACCCAGCCGCUAGCCAACCACAACCACAUGCUACAGACUCUGGCGGUGUGUAGUAAUCCUCCUACCAACUUGGAGAACCAGAGUCGGCCUGAACUGAAUCCUCAGUACUUCCUUAGCAGAUCCCCAGAGAACAGGGUCUCUCCGCGGGCUUCGCCCAACAAUGCUGUCUCCAACGGGCCCGUCAGUAAGUCACCCUCCCCGUCCCAUCCUGCCUUCAUCCUCCAGCCCUCCCCCCUGGUCCCGCAGCCCCCCAAGACCAAAGAGCCCCCGCGCUAUGAGGAGGCCGUCAAACAGAAACGCAACCUGCAUAUCAACAACAUGUCACAGGUUUCCACAGCAACCAGCCAGCAGAUGGAUGACUUGUUCGACAUCCUGAUCGAGAGCGGGGAGAUCACCCCGUUCAUCCAGCAGGACCCACUGGCCUCACUCCCCAAAACGGUCCCAGUGAUGGCCAACGUCACCACUCUACCAGUCAGCACAGUCCUCUCCAGACCCCCACCAAGGGUCCAGCUUGCCCCCCCACCCACCCUGAGCCCAGUGGCUGACCCCAGCCUGCUCAGCCUGUCCUCCCUGGCCACGGACAAUCAGCUGGAGGCCUUCCUGGAAGGGACCCUGGGAGGAACGUCCCCAGUGUCGGAUCCCCGUACCCUGGGCCUGAUGGAGGAGCUGCAAGCCCAGCUGAUGGACCAGCAGCCCUACUCUCCCAUGGACACGUCAGAGCUGUCCUUCUGCGACUCCUCCUCUCCCCCCUCCUCGCUUAACAUGGGCCUGUCUGACCCAGCCCUGGACAACAUGGAGUGGCUGGACCUAACCAUGCCUCCGGGCCCAGGUGCAGGGCUCACACCACUGGGAAUCCCCUCGGACCUCCUGGAUGCACAUGACCUGCAGCUGCAUCACUGGGACUGAGAGUUGGACGGCAAGCAGAUGAAAUGCAAGGUGGAUGUACAGAGUAAUCAUCGGAAGGUGAAAGAAAGGGUGGAGGAAAGGCUAAUAAACUGCAGCAGGAUGAACAGAGUAGGAGAGGAAACUAAUGAGAGGGAGGUUUCCGGAGGAAGCCGAGUGGCGGACCGGGUGAUAUGUAAAGUUUGGCGAGAUAAGAAAAAGAGGAUUUUUCUUUGCCGUUUGAGAAAGAAGAGUUUGAGGUCUCCAGCACCAGGGAUGGGGCUUGAGUCCUGCGUAAUAUCCAUCUCUCAUUCUUCCUCUCCCCAGUGCCAUGUCACUCUUCACAGAACAUCUCCGCCAUGUGUUAUCUUUUCACAAUACAGCAGUACAGGCACUGCAUCAAACUGACCUACAAGCGAGGAUUUGCACAGCUUUAGUUGAGAGAAAGCUUUUAGUGCGGCCGGAGGACCGCUGGACGUCAUCACCACCGUGAUGGAGGUCGUGUGUUUGCGAUAAAGGGAUUUCAAACAAAGUGCAGACUUGUACGGUGAUUUCUAAGUGAUCGGGAGACAGAGCCAAAUGAAUACUGGUGGCAUCGACUGUGUACAUAAAUAGUAUAUAAACCACACAUUCUAAACAUACUGACUGUUAUAGUGGAGGUUAGACUGGGAUUCACACGCUGGUCCCACACAGCAGCACAUUUUGGCUGAGCUGGACCGAACUGAACCUGUUACCAUGGUAACCAGCGUGCACCUUGAAAUUCUCGGCAGUGUUUCAGCGUCUGGACCAAUUUGAAAGCUUGAAACGUGCUGUGCCAUACCUGGUUCUGAACACUGGUUUACUGAAGCGAUUCUGUGCCAUUCUCAACGACGUUUCCGCGCCGCGGAUGAAGCCCAGCUCUUCCUUUAGGAAACCGUUUUGAACGGAGGCUGUUUUUCCUGAGAAGAUGCCUUCCGGUCAGUGAUCUGGCCUAAUCUCCGCGUGGGAUAGCGGACCUGGAUGUACUGUAAGAAACACAAACCUGCUGACGGGCAGGUGUGAAAACACAGCAAAACUCGAGUCCUGAAGUUUUCAUAUCCUUCGGCACGCUGCCCGACAUGCCAGAAGAGAGAGACUGAGCGGGUCUGCAGUCUGGAGGACUGUACAUUUCAUUCUGUUUAUACGCUGAGGCCAGGCGAGCUCACUCAGCAUCCGUUUUUUGGGUGAAAAGGGUUUUUGUUUUUUUUACAUAAUGCUUUUGAGCUGAAAAAGGUUUCGGCCUUGUGUUCACACUGGUCCUCUUCCUGCAGCAGACAGUCCACACGGUCUCUGGCGUUUUCCUGACCAGUCUGAUGACGUUUUAUCAGAUUUACCUUUGACCCAUCGCAACCUGCCAGUCAACCUGACAGAACAGCGAACGGACCUUUAAGAACGAAGAUCACAAAUGGAGGCUCCCCCUGGCUCCUCCUGCUCCGACAGAACUGUGCACUACACGAGAGGAGGAGCCGUUUGUCGAUGUGCUCCUCACAACAAGGAAAUGUGAACUAUUGAGAAUCCUGUGGCGGUCGGUCGCCAUGACGAAAUGAUCAACGCGAUUGUGAUCCACGUCACGAUCGUACCGUCAUUACACAUGUGGUCAGUCGCUGGCUCCUCCUCCUCCUCCUCCUCCUGUAUCGGAGCUCCUGCAGCUGUUGUUCAUGUCUAUGGUUUUGUGAAUGUAAACCUCAGAAGUGACUGUAUUUACAACACCGGCAGCUUUUUCUUAGGGUAGAAAACCGACGUACAAUCACGACAAGGGAACAAUUAUCAUCGGACGAAGCGUGCAGGAAGACAGGUGCACCGGGUCUGUCCUGCUGUGCGUGACCCCUGCAGAUGAUUUGUGUGUCCGCGCGUGUGUGU